CCCGGGACCCUGCCGACACCUACCUACCUACCGGUUGAUGAUCAACAAAAACCUUUACAUCAACAAGUUUGGUUCUUCUGCGCUUGUCGUUUGUUGCCAAGUCCGCAAGAUAAAUAUUGGCAAUCGAGAUCCUGCAAAGUUUUCUUUUUUGUUUUUUUUUUUUCUUUUUGAACCAUCUAUCCCGAACCAUCAUCGAUCGUCUGACCUUUCCCAACGCAUCUAUCCGUCCAUUUUCGCUCGAAAUCCACAUCCAGAAAGAACAACAACACCAACACCACCCUAAAAAUUUCCUAUUUCAGACAUCUCCAUCCAUCUAUCGCAUACCACACACAACACCCACCAGAGCCACGACGCUCCAUACUAGCCAGACAGAAACAAAUCCCCAAGAAUGUCAGCCCAACAACCAACCGAACGCCCUCAACCCCCCAAAUCCGAAGGCUACCGACACGGCACCGCCCAAGGGAACAUAACCCCAUCCUCCAAUUUGAAGCCCACCAUCACCAUGUCCAUGUCCAUCAACAGGCUACCCCCUCCCCGUCCCCCCCGCGGCCCAAUCCGCAUGCUCUCCGAACACGCCGUCUCCGACACCCCGCUUACCUCGGACCCCUACGGCACUCCCUCCGCCGCUUCCGGAGGAGACUACCUCUCCUACCGCCGCCCCACCAACGCACAAUCCCAGCUCCCCACCGCCGAACUACGCAGUAACCUCGCUGCCACUGCCGCCACCGCCGCAAUGGGCGCAAGCGGUGCCGGCGCCUGGGGCUCCUCGCGCGGAAUCAUUGGUGGGUCUGGGCCCGCGAAUCCUCGAGAGGCAAGGGAGACGCAGUACGUUUCUGCUUCAAGUUUGUCUGCUGCUGGGUCAAGGAAUAAUAGUAGCACGGCGUUGAGCGGGAUGGUGGGUUCCUCAAGGGGUCAUCCACUGGCUAGGGAGAACUUGCAGCAGAGCGAAGCCAAAACGGAAGGAGAACAGAUGGCGCCGUAUGGAGAAGGGGAGGUGGCGCGUGCUGUGGAGGGGCAGGCAAGGAAGAGGAAUACCAAGAGGCGGGAGUCGAUGGCGCAGGGGAAAAAGCCGAACUUGAGUUUGGCGCAAUUGGGAGAAGGAGAGGGAGAAGGACAGGGAGAGGGAGAGGGAGAGGGAGAGAGUGAUCACCAUGGAAGAAGAGAAAGGAUGGGGAGCGCGAGUCAGAGGGAGGCUAGUGGUGAGAGGCAUGGACGGGUGAGGGGGGAGGUCAGUUUGGAGCCUUCGGAGGCGGAUCUGGAGAGAAAAAAGAUGCAGCAGUCUUGGAAGAGAGAGGAGAUCAAGCAGGCUAGAAAAGCAGGAAAGGAUGUCGACGGGACGAGCGGGUUGAGUGGAAGACAGCCUAGGCCUGAAGUAUAA